AUGUUUCAAGUAUUAAUAGUUGUAGUUGCAGUAUUAGAUAUUGAUAUUUGUGGUCCCUCUCAACCGAGAGUGUUGGGUGCAAUAGGGGAACAAGUUCAUCAAAGUGGUUCAGGAUGGUCACCAGUGUACAUAGAAGACAAUUUGUCCUUAAUGUCUAUUGGAUUUUUACUUGAAAGUCCAAGUGAUGCAGUAAUAUGGAGAGGACCUAAAAAAAAUGGCAUGAUUAGACAAUUUUUAUCAGAAGUAGACUGGGGCAUGUUGGAUUAUCUUAUUUUGGAUACACCCCCUGGUACAUCAGAUGAACAUUUAUCAGUAACCUCGUAUCUUAAAGAUGCUGGCAUUACAGGAGCAAUAAUAGUAACAACUCCACAGCAGAUUGCUUUAUUAGAUGUGAGAAAAGAGAUUGAUUUUUGCAGAAAAGUUAAUGUGCCAAUCCUAGGUGUUAUUGAAAAUAUGAGUAUCUUUGUUUGUCCUAAAUGUAAGAAUUCUGCGGAGAUAUUCCCAGCAACAACGGGUGGUGGCCGAACAAUGGCUAAAGAUUUGGGUAUAGAAUUCUUAGGUUCUGUACCACUAGAUCCACUUUUAGCUAGAUGUUGUGACGAGGGUAAGAAUUUUCUAACAGAAAUCCCAGAUUCACCAACUGUUCUUACAUUGCAAGAGAUUAUUCAGAAUGUAGAAAAAAAAUAUUGGCAGCAAGACAGUAUCUUGGAAGCAAUGAUAGAUGAUUUAUCAUUAGAUGGAAAUAAUAACAAAAUGGAUACAGCAGAGAACGUUUCAGAGGACAGUUCCUUUCCGUAG